AUGAACCUAACUAAGUUUAAUCAGCUUAAUCGCUGUGAGCAUUUCUCCUGUCCAGACAGAUCUGUAUCUUAUCUAUAUAUCUUACUGUAUGUGUGUUCAGCUGCUGUGGUUCUUCUCACUGUGUGUGGAAAUCUGCUGGUCAUCAUCUCUGUUAUUCACUUCAAGCAGCUUCACACACCGACUAACAUGCUUGUGCUCUCUCUGGCUGUAUCAGAUUUUUUUGCUGGCAUUUUUGUCAUGCCGCCAAUGUUAAUCUGGACUAUUGAGUCAUGCUGGAUUUUUGGGACAGUUUUCUGUACCAUCUAUUGGUUUAUUGGUGGAAUAUUUACAAUAUCAAUAUAUACUAUUGCUCUGAUUGCUGUGGAUCGGUAUUUGGCUCUUUCAAAUCCAUUUCUUUACAUGAAUGUUGUAUCAGUAAAAAUGACUUGUGUUGUAAUGUUUUUUGACUGGUGCGUAGUUGUGGGCUAUACCAUAGCAGUCCUAUAUUUUAAUGGAAACUUCACAAGUUCUGUAAUGUGCCCUGGCGAGUGUUUUAUUUUCCUAAAUGAGGUUUGGACUAUAAUUGAUUUUGUAUAUUCAUUUAUAUUUCCAUGUUUUGUCAUAAUCAUAUUGUAUACCCUGGUUUUUGUAAUUGCUAAGAAACAUGCCACUGCUAUCAGAGAGCUUAAUAAUCACACAAGACCUAAAGCAUAUAAAAUCACCUCACACUCAAUGAAAUCUGAAAGAAAAGCAGCUAAAGUCCUCGGCAUUUUAGUGUCUGUAUUUUUGUUAUGUUUACUUCCAUAUUUUAUUUACAGUUUUUUAGAUAGUAUAAUUGAACUACAGACAAAAGCAUUUCAAAACGUCUCAAUCUUGUUUUGUCUCAACUCUGCCAUCAACCCAGUUAUUUAUGCUUUGUUUUAUCCAUGGUUCAGAAAAUGCAUUAAAAUAAUUGUAACACUGCAAGUAUUCCACAUAGACUCGGCAUUAAUUAAUGUUCUUUCUUAA